GGCUUUCCGGUUGGUGGUCUGGGCUGUCACUCGGCGAACGCUGGGGGCCGCACUUCCGCCUUGGUGUCAGCGGGUCUGGGCCCGGGGCUGUUGCAGGACCAGUUUGUGAACUCCUUGAGGGUAUGGUCUGUCUUCCUGCAACACUUACGGGCCAGAACUUGGAAACUGCGUGCCUAGAAGCACAUAUGGUUUUGUGUGUGCCUGUGUCAGUCUUGCAGCUCCACCAAUGAAUAUCUGCAAAUAAAAAAAAACCCUAGCCCUGGCAAAUUCUGCAAAGUAUUUCAGUGUAUUUUACUGUGUACAAGCAUUUCAUUUUAUCACCUGCUAUAAGUACUCCAGUAGGAGAUAAACAGUAAUUUCGUCUCAAGCUUGCAACUGAGGGAUACUUCAGACUUUCAACGUUGUUAAUACACAAGACUGCUUUUUAAAGUUCUGAGCUGAAGCACUGGUGAACUUGUGACCACAGGAGAAAGCCCUGUGUGGAGUUUGAAGGACUAAUCGCCAACCAAAGCCCUUGAUGGAGUAGGGGAGUGAUCUCUAAGUUUAUUAGCAUGCAUAUCAUUUAAAGUGUCUUGGUAUUUAUGAAGGAAGAUUCCAUUCCACAAAAAUGUUUAAUCUUUAAAUCCAGCAAAAUGAUGCAUUAGAGGAAGCCAAGUUGCCAGUUCAAAGACUUCAUACUGAAGGAUGAAUAGUGAAGAGGAGUUCUUUGAUGCCAUUACGGGCUUCGAUUCCGACAAUUCUUCAGGAGACUUUUCAGAAACAAAUCAUAAAGUUGCAGAAAUGCUUGAUCUGGAUCCACCCCAAUGCAAUAGGACUGGAAAACAUAAUGGAGCGAGGCAGCUUCAUGAGAAUGGAAUUAAGAAACACAGAACAUCAUUACCUGCACUGAUGUUUUCUAGGAGUGAUUUCAGUGUGUGGAGUAUAUUAAAAAAAUGCAUUGGACUGGAGCUGUCUAAAAUUACAAUGCCUAUUGUCUUCAAUGAGCCACUGAGCUUCCUCCAGCGGAUAACUGAAUACAUGGAACACAUAUACCUCAUUCAUAAAGCUAGCAGUCAUGCGAACCCCCUGGAAAGAAUGCAGGCUGUAGCUGCUUUUGCAGUUUCUGCAGUAGCUUCGCAGUGGGAGAGAACUGGCAAACCAUUUAACCCUCUACUAGGAGAAACAUAUGAAUUAAUCAGGGAGGAUUUAGGCUUUAGGUUUAUAUCUGAACAGGUCAGUCAUCACCCACCUGUUAGUGCAUUUUAUUCUGAAGGCCUCAAUAAGGACUUUGUUUUUCAUGGAUCAAUCUACCCCAAAUUAAAGUUCUGGGGGAAGAGCGUAGAAGCAGAGCCCCGUGGAACAAUUACUUUGGAGCUUCUAAAACAUAAUGAAGCUUACACGUGGACAAACCCAACCUGUUGUGUACAUAACAUAAUUAUAGGUAAACUGUGGAUAGAACAGUAUGGAACAAUAGAAAUUGUAAAUCACAGUACUGGAGAUAAAUGUAUCCUUAAUUUUAAACCAUGUGGACUGUUUGGGAAAGAGCUUCACAGAGUAGAGGGUCACAUUCAGGACAAAAACAGGAAGAAGCUCUCUGUGAUCUAUGGCAAAUGGACAGAAUGCUUAUGGUGUGUCAAUCCUGCCACAUAUGAUACUUCUAAAAAGAAUGAAAAAAGAGGUGGAGACCAGAAGAAAAUGAAGCCGAGCGAAGAGGCUGGGAACGAUGAGGCCGAUGAUAUGCCAGAGAUCCAAGAGACUGUGCAAGUCAUACAAGGCAGUAAGCUGCUUUGGAGAAUAAAUUCUAGACCACCAAACUCAUCACAGAUGUACAAUUUCACCAGUUUUGCUGUGAGUCUCAAUGAGCUGGAAACGGGCAUGGAAGCAGUUUUAGCUCCCACUGAUUGUCGUCUACGUCCAGAUAUCAGAGGCAUGGAAAAUGGAGAGCUGGACCUGGCUAGCAAAGAAAAAGAGAGACUAGAAGAGAAACAAAGAGCCGCUCGUAAAGAACGUGCAAAAGAUGAAGUGGAAUGGAGGACAAGAUGGUUUCAUCAAGGCAAUAACCCAUACACUGGAACUUCAGACUGGUUAUAUUCAGGCGGAUACUUUGAUAGAAAUUUCUCAGACUGUCCAGAUAUAUAUUGAAAUCUCUGAACCCAUCACUCCAUCUCAUCUGGACAUCUAGUUGUUAAAUUUCAAUCUACGCCAGUUAUUCUGGCUUUAAUAGCAAAAAACAGCUUUUCUAAAGUAACUUUUAAUGAAAAUUGUAUCAUUCACAAUCAAGGAUUUGUCAUUAAUUUUGAAGGCCAAAUAUUUAAAUGCUGUUACAUCCUUUCUAUAAAGCUUUCAUCUGAAAUCAUCAUGUUUUCACUAAGUUUUAAAAGGGACUUCGGUUGUCUUUUUUCUCUUUUUCUCUUUUUCUUUUUCUUAAUUUUUGGUCAAAGGUAUGCUGUAGCGAAUAGAGUUUACAGCACCCUUUUAAUUCUAUAACUCAGAAAAAAUAGCAGUGAUAUCCUUGUUACUUCACUUAGUACAGCAUUAAAGAAUCUAACUAUCCAGAGCUUGGAACAAUGGUAAAUUAGUACGGUACAAACACCAUCAAAUCAGGCAGAGUCAGCAUUCCCUGUGAAGAGCUGUAUGUGACGUUUUCAAAUGGUAAGCAGAGCUGAAGAGAUUGGAGCUCCAGGUCUAUCUCAGUAUAAUUCAGUAAUUCAAAGGCUUGAAAAAAACCACAAAGCACAGAAUCUUAGGCUUACUGCAGUUUGAAAAACCGCUACUCUGAAUUGUCUGUCUUUGGGCACUGUGAGCAUUACUUAAACUAUAUACCUGUGAUAACAAGUACAUGAAAUCUUGUGUGUUGGGGGAUGGGAAAGGUGCAUUAACAAACAUCUGCUUUUUAAAAUUAAAAUGUUACUCUUAAAAUACAGAAAGCUUCAAAGAGGUUUGUAGAAACAUAGAAGUUGUGGUUACAGUGUAAGAUAAGAUAUGGGAUAUUGCUUGCUACCACUAGGAGGCUUGGGUCUCCAGCACUACUUUAAGAAGCUUAGGCACUGUUUAUGCUUCUAGACUGACUUUUCUUUGGAAGCACUCAGUAUAUGUCCACAGAUGGUCUUAUUUGUUUUUAGUUUUAUUUUGUUUUUUAUGCAUAUUCUGAAGCAUUACUGGUAACAUCUGGUUGUAUGUUGUUUAAAACAAAAAAACAAAACCCCAAUCCAUUUAAAGCUAAGUGGUGUUAACUAAAGUUAUUUUAAAACUGGUAUUAGAUAUAAUCUCUGUAACCACUUGCAGUCAUAGAAAAUAGAUUUAUUUUUGUUAGCAUAUAAAUGUUGGAACGAUUUGCACUGCAAAUCAGUUGACGAUAUCUAUAAAUGAAUGGAGUUAAUUGUUAAAGUGGUACAUUUCUGAGAAUGGGAGAGGGCUUAAACAAUUAGGUUUAGAAAUUAAACCAGUUUUAAUAGUUGCUCUUUCUUUUAUGAAAGCUCUCAAUUUAGUAACCAAUAGAAACUGGCAGUGUUGCUGGUAAGUUUACAGUCAUUCAGAGAUUGCUGAUAUUAAACACCAGCAUUUCUUUGAGUAUUCAUGAAAGAAUCAGUCUGAUUUCCAAAUGCAUAUGAGGAUGUGUACUUGUGAUGUCAUCCAAAGACUAGAUUUUGAAGUGCAUUUACCAGCUAGAAGAAAAAUGAAAAAUAAACAAAAUCCAAGAGAAACAUAUUUCUUUUAUGUGAAAUUAUGCACCCAAAGAUGGGAGAUAUUUGAUAUUUGUUGCAUUUUGUUCAUUUUUCCAGUGAAGAAGGUAAGCUGUGAAGGUUCAAAGCAAUUAAGGCACAACUCUGAAAUAAAUUCAUGUCACUGUAUCCUGUUGUCAGCAAUCAACUUUGUUGACCUUGAAGUCUCUUGGACAUGCAGGCUAGUCUUGAUGGUAUUGUUUAUAUUGGUGUGCUAGAGAAAAAAGUAUUCACUCCUGAUUUAGGUACAUUGGCAAUUCUGAUUUUUAUAAGGCAUAACUAAUGCAUAUGGACAACUUAAACUACUUCUGAGCAGUUUUUUUGUAAAACUAAAUCUAAAAUUUAAUAUUUCACAUACUUUAAGCCCCUUCAAUUUUCUUGCAAGUAGAUGUUAACAUAAGGCGCACUGGACUCAGCUAUCAGUGAAAACAGUGACGAGAUUCAAGUUUUAAGCCAUUUUUGUAACGUUUCAUGAAUAAAACUUGUUUAAGCUAAAUACUUAAGUUUGUUCAUUGUUACAGUGCUGCUUUAAUGCACAUACAUAUAAAUAGAAAGUCACCAGAAUGAAAAAAUGCUAUAGUAAUAUGAUUGAUUUUUAAAAAUCCUAUUUAUAAAUAAGAUGAAAGGGGGGGGGGAAAUCUUUUAAUUCUGAAUCACAGCUUAAGUUCAGUAGGUCUAAAAAUAUUUCCAUUAUGCAAAAAUCAGUUUUUUGUUUGAGAGAGGCUAUAGAGGCACACUUAAUCCAAACUGUAUUGUAUCAGUCUUUAUAGAAUAAACUCGAGAAAAAUGUCACCCACUACUAUUACCCACAUUGCAUAGAUCUGUUACUUUGGCAUUUUUCCUAAUUUUAAAUCAAAGUCCAACAACUUCUACUCCCCCCCCCCCCCAUGGCAUGUUAAUUUUCCUAAAAAUCCCAAGUGAAUUCCAUCUUUGUUUGUUUGUUGUUGGCUUAUUAAGGCUGUAUCCAAAGUAUUUACAAAAUGCUUUCUCACUACUGAUGGUUAGUGUACAGUUCACUAGCCACCUGAUACCUAAUGUUAUAUUUUGAUUGUGUCUCAGUGAAAAACGUUAAUGGCUCUUUAAAUGAAAAACUCACCUAUGUAGUUUUACUUCUUAAAACACAUUAACUAAACUUUGCACCUUUUUAAAAGAGUGUCACUUUUAUAACUUGAUUAAACACUGACUGUAUGUAAAAUAACUGUAUGUUGAUAUGUGUUCAUACAUCUACAUAGAUUUUUUUUUAAAGGAAACUACAAUAGAUUAAACACACACUUCAGGCCUAUACAUGGUGUAAAAGAUGUUUGAAGUGUGACUUUCGCAACAGAGCAACUAUUUUUGUGGGGAGGAAACGUUAUAAAUUAUCUCGGCUGAUCAUUUUCCUUUGUAUCUACGUUGAUACUUAUUGGAGACAUAUGAUUUGAAUUAGAACUUUAAUCCCUACAAACACAGCUUUUCGUCUGCUUGAACAUGCAGUGGACUCAAUUCUUUGACAUCAGGCUGUUGCUAGGAGAAACAUAGAUGUCGAAAAUGUAGGUAUCACAAAUAUACUGAAAAUGACUGUAGGAAGAAAUGAUCUGAAAAAGAACAAAUUAGUUAUUUAAACACUUUUUUUUUUUUUGGAAACUCAAACAGGAUUCCUUCCCCCUAAAAAAGGAUGUGGGUAUGUCAGAUAUGUUUUGAAUGUUGUUCCCCACAAUGGAAGUCCCACCAUUACAUGUUUUAAAAAACCCAAACAUUAAGUAGAGGGGACAGUAUGGAACUCUCAGUAAAAGGUAAAUUAAUCUUUGGUAAAAUUUUAAAUUCCAACACAAGUGAAACUCUUAAGUUUAUAGCCACUGCAUAGCAUCUAGCUUGGUCAUUUUGAGGAUACACCAUACUGUUGAUAUGGGACAACUGUUUGGGAUAUUGGACCCCUGUAAUUCCUGGGGCCCAGAUUAUAUAGGGAGGGGAAUUAUAUUCCAAAGUAAAUAGAAAAACCACCGAAAUUAUUAGCAAUGGUGUCCCAUUUGAACACAGUUUAAAAUUCUCAAUAAAUUAAGAGGUGAAGGCUGAAAGGUAUAUUUUCUUCUUCAACACUUUGCAGUCUUGGGGUGGGGGAUUGUUUUGUUUUACUUUUCAAGGAUUUUUCCUAAAUCUUAAAAUGGUUAUACAAGACUUCGGAUCACUAAUUUUUACAUACUAAUAGUCUGUGAUGAAAAUGGUUUGUAUAUGUAACCAUCUGUACAGUACACAUGCCUGAUGUAUUUCUUCAUAAAUGUAGUCCUUAUCUCUCAUGUUCAGUGUACUCAAUGUAUUUUAAUGUUAAAAACAGUCCACACACUAAACAUGCUUAAACACUACAUAAUUUGAUAAUAUACUGUAACUUUGCCUCUCCGAAAACACACCUGUAGUUUGGGUCCAUUGUACAAUAAAGCAAUAUUUAAAUUUAUGUAAAUCUAAAUGGGUCUUUCAUAGAAUAUUCAUUUUUGGUAUGUUUUGUAGCAUGAAAAAAUUAAAAUGUGCUUAUACUCAGAAUUCCAGUCCACUUUGAUUAUACUUUUAUGAAGCUGCUUUUCUUUUGCCUUACUCAGUUGCUGUAUUCCUAUUGAUUAAAUAUUUAUACACUGUGUUUGCCUUAUCCAUGUUGCAUGAAAAUAUCAAAUAAUAAAAAUGAUUUAGUGAAAUGGAUUUAUUUUUAUAAUAUUUAACAGUCAGUACCCAUCUAUAACAAUCAAUCAUUUAGCUUUUCAGAGAAGUCUGUACAGAUUUGUGGACAUAAAUGUUAAACUGUACAUCUGAAUAAAGGUCAUUUUGAAGAAGA